UUCCUUCAAGUCUGAGCAACAACAGAGUAACGGUGGGAUUUACCUUCACUACGGACGACAAGAUGGCAUCAGGAUCCGAGGAGGAUCUGUGCUGCCCGGUGUGUACGGACAUCUUUAAAGAUCCCGUAGUUCUGACAUGCAGCCACAGCCUGUGUAAAGGCUGUCUGCAGAGAUGGUGGCAACACAAACCAACAAGAGAGUGUCCUGUCUGUAAGACUAUCAGCGCCAAGAAAAAUCCACCUGUGAGUCUGGUACUGAAGUCCUUGUGCGAGGCCUUGGUGUUGGAGCGGGAUCAGAGAGCGUCAGAGUCUAUUUGCAUACUGCACACCGAAAAACUGAAACUUUUUUGUUUAGACCAUCAGGAGCCAGUUUGUCUUGUCUGUAGAGACUCUGACACACAUGCAAAACACCGCUUCAGACCAAUCGAUGAAGCCACAAGGGAGCCAAGAAAGAAACUCCAGGAUAUGCUUCAGGCCUUAGAAAAGAAGUGUGGUGGUUUUGAAAAAGCUAAAGCAAAGUGUGAUGCAGCAGCAGCACAUAUUAAAGUCCAGACCAGAGACACAGAGAGGCAAAUUAGAAAUAACUUCCAAAAGCUUCAUGAGUUUCUAAGUACAGAAGAGGAGGCCAGGAUCUCUGCUCUGAGAAAGGAGGAGGAGCAGAAGACUCAGCAGUUGAAGAAGGAGAUCAAGUCUCUGACUGUAAAGAUUAAAUCUCUUAUGGACACAGUCAAAGAGACCCAGGCUGAGCUGAAAGCUACAGACCUCAACUUCUUAAAGAACUAUAAAGCUGCAGUGGACAGAGUGGAAAGAGCCCUGCAGCGCCCCCCACUGGAGGCGCCACAGAUGCCUAAAGGGUCUCUGAUAAACGUGGCCAAACAUGUAGGCAACCUACGUUUAUACAUCUGGAGCAAGAUGAGGGAUUUGGUCUCCUAUGCACCCGUAGUUCUGGAUCCAAACACAGCUUGUUUUAGAUUCACCGUGUCUGAAGAUCUGAGUGCUCUGAGACCUGCAGCGUUGCAUGAAGUUCCUGAAAAUCCAGAGAGAUUUGAUUUCAGUAUCCUGGGCUCAGAGGGUUUUACCUCAGGGAUCCACAGCUGGGCCGUUGACAUUGGAGGAAACAAAACCUGGUUACUGGGAGUGUUUGCUGAGUCAGGCCAAAGGAGGAGAGACAUCCAGACUGGCUUUUCAGGAAUCAUGGCCCAUAAAGGUGCAUUCAGGGCAUGUGUACUAACUACGCCACAUACUCCUCUCCCUCUCCAGAGUGAGUAUAAGAAGAUCCAAGUGACUCUAGACUUGACCAGAGGAGAGCUGUCGUUCUUGGAUCUUGAUAAAAAUGCACAUAUACACACCAUCACACACACUUUCACUGGUCAAGUGUUUCCCCUCUUUAGUGUUGAGGGUGAACUGCAGUUACUGGAACAGAAGAUCUCUGUAAUCCGCUAUCCUCUCAGCUGAGGGUUGCUGGACUGCUUUCUGGUACAAAACUCUACAUUGUGGUACUUUUAAUGACCAGUAGUCCACCGUGGCUGAUAGAUUUGGGAAAUUUGCCUCAUAAUGAGAAAACAAAAGAGGAGAGCUUACUGGGGACCAGCCAAACAGAGAGGCCCAUGGAGGUCAGCAAAUCCUGGUCCAUUCUAAAGUUAAGCUUGAUGACAAUAUUUUAUAUUUAACCUGAAUAAUAACCACUGACCAAAGCAACCAAAAAAGAAUUGGAUUUUUUUAUGCUGUAGUAACGUAAAGCCUUUUUCAAAAUGUAAAAAAAAAACAGAAUUACCUAUUUAUUGGUGAUGUUAACAGUGUGGAUGGGCACACUGAACUAAUUGAUCAGAAAAGUAAUGUCACACUUCAUAGCAAAGCCAUAUACACCGAUGUCAGGAUGCCAGAAAAUUUCCUGGAACAAACUGAGACAGCUCUUUAUUCGAAAAGAACAAAAUAGUUGUUAAAAGAUACAAAAAGGGGUCUAAAGUGUCUAAAAAGGCAAAAAGUAGGCAAAAGGAAUUGCUGAAAUGGGCAAAAAGUAGCAGAA